GUUUCCCCCAUGAUGCUAAGCAAGAUGGCGGCGCUCUUUAGUUUCGUUUUCGCAUAACACAGAUAUAAAUUUAGUUGUUUAAGAGUACAGUUGUUAUUGAAGCAUUGAAACUUAAUUAAACCUGUGCUCCGAACCUAAAACUUUUGAGGUGCUUGUAGUAAGGUGUGACAGUGGUGUGCUACCUCCCAUGUGAUGAACUAAAGAGCAAACCUAUAAACAAGAAUGUGAAUGAUGCGACAGCGCUGAAGUGACAAAAGAUAACAUACCGGCUUGCCUACCCACGGCCCCAGAGAAUGAGCGCUGCUAAAAUGGUAGCCGACUCGACCCAGUCCGAACCCGCUGACUGCUUGGAUGGGAAGAAAAAGAAGAAGAAAUUAAAGAAGACAGGUAAGAAGAUCGUCCUGCCCGAGGAUGAGGACUCCGACCUUGACCUGAAGAAAGAGCUGAAGCCAAUCAGUGCCUACAUCAAGGACCGUCCGGCCAUGAUCCGGGAGAUGUUCCGUGCCGUACGUGGUGCCAGCCUGCAUAGGGCGCUGCCGGAUCUGCUCAAGAGUAUCCCCCGUGAUGAGCUGGAGCAGCUAUGCCUGGAGCAGCUGGAGGUGAUGUCCAAGAAACGAAUCCGCCGGAUCAUGGCUGGGGAAGACUCGACCAACAUCUCUUCCUCCGGCACAGAAGACGAGACCUCAGACGAGGAGGUGGCCGUCCCAGACGAACCAGCAGCAGACGUCCCAGCAGAGAGCCACCCACCUGAUUCUACCCGACAGGACAUCAGCACCCAACAAGACCCAGCCCAAGACACGGAGGAGAGUGAAAACGUUGAAAUCAAACACGAGCCCCCAGAGUCGGGGGAGGAGGAGGAAGGGGUGGAGACGUACACCUCAGGGUCGGAGGAUGGGGAGCUGGUUAUUAAGGAGGAGAUGACUGAAGAUGAUGUUCACAUCAAACAAGAACCAGCCAGCGGAGAUGAAGAGAUGGACGACAAAGAUGAGGACGAAAUGUCAGACAUCGAGGAUGAUUUGAUGGCGUCCAUGCAGGGCGCCGCUGAUGAUGUUCUCCCCUCCAUCAUGAUGGACCAGAUGGAACUCCUGGAGCUUGAGAUGAGGGCCAGGGCCAUCAAGGCCAUGCUCAGCUCACACGAUGACGGGGAUUCUUGACUCACAGACUGAUGCAGACUUUCUCUGGUUUAACAUCAGACUUUCUCUGGUUUAACAUCAGACUUUCUCUGGUUUAACAUCAGACUUUCUCUGGUUUAACAUCAGACUUUUGUCUGCUUUAAUCUUGCCGAAUUUUUCUUGUUAAAAGCAGACUUGAUGUGGUUUUUCAUCAGACAUUUUCUGGUUGAUGAGAAGACAUUUUGUGGUUGAUGCGGAGGCAUUUUGUUGUUUAUGCUGCGACAUUUUGUGGUUGAUGCGGAGACAUUUUGUGGUUGAUGCGGAGACAUUUUGUGGUUGAUGCGGAGACAUUUUGUGGUUGAUGCGGAGACAUUUUGUGGUUGAUGCGGAGACAUUUUGUGGUUGAUGCGGAGACAUUUUGUGGUUGAUGCGGAGACAUUUUGUGGUUGAUGCGGAGACAUUUUGUGGUUGAU